GGAAUGAAAAAAUUGGCUUGAAUCCUGUGAAUGUGGGCGAUCUAAAGCUUGUUUUAGAGGAAGAUGGGACUGAGGUGGAUCAGGAUUAUCUACCAUUUAUAGAGGCUAACACAAUAUUGAUGCUUCUAUCCACAAAUGAACUAUGGAGUGAUCGAAAAGGUUUCAACAUAUUUUUUAAUUAUGUUGUAUUAGUAUAUUUUAUCAAAUAAUUUAUCAAAUUACUUCCUCAAAUUUGCUGCCAUCAACCACAAAAUAGAUGGUUUGGUUUAGUUGAUAGUGUUGAUGUUUUGAUUGCAUUUUUUCUCAUGUGUUUAUAUACUUUUAUAUGAUAUUUAAUUUAGGAAUGUCAGCAGUCAAUCAAUCUGGACAAAAGGAAAAUAUUGCAGAAUCAUUAAAUCGACCAACACAAUAUACAUUAACUUCUAACCUAACCCUUGGCAACCCAAUAAUGGUAGGUAAUCUCAUUUUAAUAUAAUGUACAAACAUUUCUGGUCAUUAAAUGCUGUCAUCUUCAAUUUUGCAGGAUGACAUAGCUACCUCUACGACCAACACUAUGGGUGAUAUCAAAGAGCAAUAAAAAAUUUUUGGACGAGAACCAAACCCUAAGAAGCUCACAAAAUGGCAAGAAGCUGUUAAUGAUGAAGCAGCCAAACUUGUUCGUAAUGACCCAAUGCUUGUUCAAAAUAGAGGUGAUCAACAAAAUUUCGAAAUUUGGUCUUACAUAUACUGCACUGCAAUGCACUGCACUGCACUGUACUGUAAAUAGAUGAUAACGAGAUAAAUGAAUAACAAAAUGAGAUAAUUUAACUUGCUCUAAAAUAUGCGUAAGAAAUUCAGGAAAUUGGGUCUUGGCUAGAUGUUCUUUAGCCCACAAACUGGUAAUGAUUCAAAGUAUUAUUUUGCGCUGUCUAACACCAGAUGAUUGUAAUAAUCAGUGGAAACAUACUGCAAGUGUCUCCUGCUAUUGUUGCUAACCCAUUAACUGACAAUGAGCCAAAAUUUACCUACACUAGUGUAUUAUUCUGUCUAAUGUGCCAGUGAUAUUACUUCUCAGUGAAAGAGUACUGACAUUUUAUGGUUAUUUAAAAUUGUCCUUUUGAAUGUAGAUGAAUUAGUUAUUUUUCUACACAUAAUUAAUCGUUUGAAAAUUGGAACUAUGACUGUACCUUAUCAAAUCAUUCUCCAUUUAAUUAGGCAAGCUCUUAGACAAAGCAAAAGAAACCACCGUCAUUUCUCAAGGCUAUGAAUUUGUCAAGGGUAAGUCAAGAGCAAGAUCCCUGAGUGAUAUUGACAGUGGUAAGUAAGGAAAGUAAAAGAAAAAAGACAGGUAAAGAUGAAUAAGCAAAAGAAAUUCAGAAUACUUCUGACAUUCUAAAAAAUAUCCAAGAACAAAUUGAAAUUAAGCAACUGCGUAAACAAAAGUUGGCGAGAUGGGAAAGCUGAUGAAUGAGAAAAAGAUCUUGGAGAAACAGCUUAAGCAUAUGGAAAAGAAAGAAGCAAAAUCGAAGUGGUACUAUAACAAAAAGGGAAGCGAAAAAAGAAAGAGUGGAGAAAGCAAACAGAAAGGCAAGAGAAAAUCAUUUCAGAUUGUAAAAAUGUUCAAAAAUGCUAGUGAUAUAUUUCUGAACACACUCUUACCAGCACGUCUGACUCAAAUGAGUCAUUUGACACCCUUAUUGUGAGCUCAGAUGAAACUGAAGGUGAAAUUGAAGCGGCAGCCAACAUCCCAUGUUUAAUACAUACUAUGCCAACUUUCGUUGCUUCUCAGCGUUUGAUUUUCGAAAAAAGUCAAAAAGUCAACCUUCUGUAGAAGAAGCAGAAGAUCAUUCCCCAGAUUUGUUUAGCCAGCAAGAAGAAACAGGAAACCAGACCCCAGAUAUGUUUAGCCAGCAAGAAGAAACAGGAAACCAGUCGCCAGAUAUGUUUAGCCAGCAAGAAGAAACAGGAAACCAGUCGCCAGAUAUGUUUAGUCAGCAAGAAGAAAUGUGA